AGGGCCGCGAGCCCUGGCGGCUUCAGCGCGGGCGCCGGCGUCCCCAUCUGUGAAGCGGGUGCGAAAGACCCUCCCUUGAUGGGGACGAAGUAGGCGACGUGCGCCGGCCCCGGAGCGGUCUGGCCGGGAAGCCGCGCGCUGCGAGGUCGCCCUAUCCGUCCCUGGGUCUCCGGGGUCGGUGCGAGGCCCGCUUGCCCUGGUUCUCGCUUUCGCUCUCCAGGCGGCCCACACAGGGUCUUUCUGAACCCUGUUGGGAUCUUAGGCGCCCUUGAGAAUCCUAAGAAAGCGCAGUGACAAAUAAUGGUCAGACCUGUUCAGGCGUAGGAUAUACUUAAUGGCUGCGUUUAAAAUACCAUUAUCCCUGGUUGGUAAUGUUCACCGCUCCCGACCGUACGAUGCCUGUAGCACGUCUGACAUUCCUCCGAGAGCCUGGAAAGGAAUAACGAAGCCUUUAAAAAUCCAUUGAGGAAGCUUUCAUCGACCUCCUUCCUAUUAAAUGAACAGCUGGGGAAACUGAAACUCGAAGCGGUGAGUCACCUUGUGUCUAAUCAGUAUUUCACCUCCUCAACACCUCCAUCAACUCUCCCCUUCGUCAGAAACCAGCAGCAGAAUUUGACUGUGUAGCUUUCCGAGUCUACACGAUCAUAUUGAGCCCGUGAAAUAACCAGAUAAUCGACAGCAUUGUAAUUACGUUUCCAUGCCAGGGAGUUCUACAAAACCUGCCUGAGAAGGGUCAGAUGGUUGGCGUUUGAGAGCAUCUUAGGAGUAGGAAGUACAGAAGAGUAGGAACUUUCCUUAUCUACAGAAGGGUAGGAACUUGAGAAUAAGGAGGGUCUGCCCGUGGUCGGAUCUGGGAAUUUAUGAGAAAGCCCCUCCAUGCACUGGCUGUCCUCUCGGAUUCAAGUCAUCAACUUGUCACAUUUUGAAGAGGUACUUCCUGAAGUCCUUCGGCUGCUCCAGGAAUACAUCAAAGGGAUCUGUGAGCCUGAACUAGAAGAGAAAGAAUGUUACCCCAAGGCCAUGCACUGCAUUUUCGUUGGGGCACAGAGUCUGUUUCUGAAGAGCUUGAUUCAGGACACUUGUGCUGACCUCUGCAUUCUAGACACUGGCCUUCUUGGCAUCAGAGGAAGUGCUGAGGCUGUGGUCAUGGCUAGGAGCCAUAUUCAGCAGUUUGUAAAGCUCUUUGAGAGUAAUGAGAUGCUGCCCAGCAGUCAGAAAGAGUCAGAAGUAAAACGGGAGUUCAAACAAUUUGUUGAAGCCCAUGCAGACAAUUAUACAAUGGAUUUGUUGAUUUUGCCCACUUCCUUGAAGAAGGAACUUUUGGCUCUUACACAAGGUGAAGAGAAUCUGUUUGAAACAGGAAGUAAUAAUGAUGUUAUUGAAAUUGAAGAUGCUCAGCCAUCAGAAUUUCCACAGAAUGCUGCCACAGGACUGAAUGUUGCUAGAGAUGAAAUUGCUUUACAGGAUGAGGCAAGGAACAAAGCGGGGACCCCUGUUUCUGAGCUUACGAAGCAGAUGGACACAGUCUUUUCUCCUUCGCCAGAUGUGCUUUCUGUUCCGGUAAAUGGUCUAAGUCCAGAUGAAGAGGCGCUUUCGAAAGACAGAGUUUGUCACAAAAGGAGAUCUUCUGACUCGGAGGAAAGGCAUACCAAGAAGCAGUUCUCUUUGGAGAACCUUCCAGAAGAAGAGCUUUUACAUGAUGGUAAGGCAUCCACUGGAAAUGAAAUCAUUGACCUAUCUGAGGCUUCUACCAAUUCUUCCAGUCUAAGCCCAGAUGGAAAAGACACUACAGAGGAAAUGGAAUAUAACAUCCUUGUAAACUUUUUUAAAACCAUGGGCUAUUCCCAAGAAAUUGUUGAAAAGGUCAUUAGGGAGUAUGGGCCUUCCACAGAACCAUUAUUGCUGUUAGAGGAAAUUGAAAAAGAAAAUAAAAGGCUCCAAGAAAACAGAGAAGUUUUACCUGUCUCUACGUAUCCAGGUGACAAUCAGACCAAAAGUAAAGGUGUUGGUAGCAGCAUGAAUGAGCUUACAACAGAUUGUAUUCCAAAGAAAACUCAGAGUCACACACAGCAAAGUAUGGUGGAAACAUUUUCUCAGUUACCAAUCAAAGACUCUAAACCAUGUACCUCAAAUUGCAAAAUUAGUACUUUCAGAACAGGACCCGUAGAACAGAAACAUGAAACCUGGGGUACAAACCAGAGCUACAGUUCUCCUAGAGACCUUGAGACUGAUGGCCUCUCGCCUUCUGUUGCCUCCUCAAGUCCUAAAGAAGUCAGUUUUGUUUCCAGGGGAGCUCUAAGCCACCAGCAGAAAAUUCCAGUUUUUCCUGAAAAUGGUUAUCAACAUCAAGCAGAACCCUUGCUUCCAAACAUGAAACCUGCCUGUGAAAAUCGUUCGGGAUGUUGUAGCUCUCCUCAGGCUAAGCCAAGUCAUCCACCUCUUUGUCCCCCAUUGCCACUGCCCCAGCUGUUACCUUCAGUCACUGAUACACAGUUGGCGGGAUCUUCUGAUUGCAUUGACUCCUCAGUUACAGGGGUUCAAAGGUUUCGAGAUACUCUAAAAAUACCCUACAAGCUGGAGUUAAAAAAUGAACCAGGGAGAACAGAUCUGAAGCAUAUUGUUAUAGAUGGAAGCAAUGUAGCAAUCAGCCAUGGUCUGAAAAAGUUCUUUUCUUGUCGUGGAAUUGCAAUUGCAGUUGAAUAUUUCUGGAAACUUGGCAACAGAAACAUCACUGUAUUUGUCCCGCAGUGGAGAACAAGGCGGGACCCUAAUGUCACAGAACAACACUUCCUAACCCAGCUCCAGGAGCUUGGAAUAUUAUCUUUAACUCCUGCCCGGAUGGUCUUUGGAGAAAGAAUUGCUUCUCAUGAUGACAGGUUUCUCCUACACUUAGCAGAUAAGACGGGUGGAAUCAUUGUGACAAAUGAUAACUUCAGAGAAUUUGUGACCGAGUCAGUCUCUUGGCGAGAAAUUAUUACAAAAAGGUUGCUUCAGUAUACAUUCGUGGGGGACAUAUUUAUGGUUCCUGAUGACCCACUGGGAAGAAGUGGACCUCGGUUAGAAGACUUUCUUCGAAAGGAUGUCUUUCUCAGAGACAUGCAGCCGCUGCUCAAUUCCUUGCCGAACAUGGGCACGUUUGACCCUGGUUUCCGGGGCUCCAGCACCCAGGCAGCCAGCACUGGCCACCAGCCUCCACCCCGGAUCCAGGGAGCCUCUCCAAGCCCCUGGCUUCCUCAGCAGCCCCACUUCACACCCCUAACCACCCUUCCCAGUAUGCAGCAGAACCUGCCCAUGCCGACACAGAGAUCUUCUGCAGAAACCAGUGAGCUGAGGGAGGCACUGCUCAAGAUCUUCCCUGACUCUGACCAAAAACUGAAGAUCGACCAGAUCCUGGUGGCCCAUCCGUACAUGAAAGACCUGAAUGCCCUCUCUGCCCUGGUGUUGGACUGAAGUCUGUGCUGAGAGCCAGCUGAGGACAGGAGCUGCCGCCGGGCCAUGGGAAGUGCCAUAACGUGAAGAAACCUCUUUCCCGAGUGAACAUUGCUGUGCUGUAUAGGAGAAAGAAGGAAGAAAGAUGUUUUGAGUAUACAAAAAUCUGGGUUUUCAAAAACAGCUUUUUUCUAUAUAUAAAUUUAUGCUGCUAUUACAGAUUUAACAUUUUCUAUAAAAGGAAAAGUACAUUUUCUGCUUGUUCAGAACUGUUUAAUAGCAGUCACUCUUGAGUGUAUUUACAUUUUUAUGUUUUUUAAACUAUUUUCCAUAAAGCUGAAGAUAUUGACAAAUGAAUAUGGUUAGCCUUUCUAAAUAAAAAUUUAAAAAAAAAAGAAUUGCUUUCUUAAGGAAAGCAAGACCUCUUAAAGUAUAUUUUCUUGAGGUGAAUCUGUCCUGUCCACAACAUGUCCCCCUCUGCCUUGGCACCCCCAGUGAGGUCUUAUCAGGUCAUUUGUGAGAGUGGACAGGUAGAGCCACUAGAUGGCACUUGGUGCCCUCCAUCAUCAGUGACCGAGGCAAAGUGAGACUCAGAAGAGCAGAAGUUAGAGUUCAUGUGGUCCCACCCUUCUUCCCCUCCCACUGGACAGAAGAGGGAACUGAGGCCCAGCCUGCUCUCUGGCCAAGCCAAUGGCUACUACUGUGGAAUAGCCCGGCAGGGCCAGACAUCUGGUUUAGCAUUGUGAUGUGCUUACCAGCGGGGCCUUCAUGCACCUGACCUGACUGGACAGCCUCACAAGGGGAGGCAGGGUGCCAGGAGUUUGAUGAGGACCCCAUCAUUUUAGCCAGCCUGUGUCCACAACCCACAAGUGUGGGAGAUGCCUCCAUGUGGAGUUUGUACAGCUUUGCCAAAAAGUUUUCUAUUCUCAAGGACGACCCAAGCCAGUAAAUAGCAUUAGUAGCUUCUGUAGGGGUCUUGUUUCCCCUUUUUGUCUCUAAAGCAGUUGAGUGGUUCUCAGAACCAAUUAUCUUAGCAUCAUCUCUUCUCAAUGUAUUUCCAAUUCUGUGUCCGUGAAACUAUUUUCUUGGUAAUCUUAGCAUCUUGACUCUCAUCUGGGCCUUCAAAGGGCUUUGUAUUUUCUGCCUAUGCUGUCCCCAGGCCCUCAUGGUCAGUUCCACAUCUGCCCUGUGGAUCGUGUCUUUGUCCAGCUCCCACACAGAGUGGCUGAGGACUUGGUGCUAGUUUGUUCUCUGUGGCACAGGGACUGUGUGGCUCCCAGAAUGUUCUCCCCUAUGUGUGUAUCCUCUUGGUUUUGUUUGAUCCUGUAUCCCUCAGGAGACGAAUCAGGAGCCCUCCAGGUAGCCAUGCUUGUGCUCCAGUCAUGAGUACAUGGAUUCCUGGAUUCUUCGGUGAUGCAUCCUGAUCUGUCUGAACUGUGUGUCAUCUGUCACUUUGGGCUUUCAAACUUGCUGGCUGUGACAGUAGAGAUGGAAGACUUGAGUCAAGCCCCAGGAGUUGACUCAAUUACAGCCCCCACCCAUGACCCAGCUUUGGAGAUGGGUGUUUCCUAAGCACAGCAGAGGUGUAAGGAUGGGGCUGCCUCACACCCUCCCGGCCCACUCGGUACAGUAGCAGACCAGUACAUCUCUAGUACAUCUCUCAAGUUAGAGGAGAGCCAGGAGAUGCUCAGCAGUACCUCCAGUGAUACUGGGUAGAACACAGGUUUUUAGACUCUAGAGUCAGCCUGACCUUUGAGUUGUAUGCGCCUGUAUUCUUAGUAUUGUCUCUGAGUGAUAACCUGUCCACUCCCUUUUCUCCAGAGGAGAAGGAAGAGAAGAUAGGAAGAAACAAUAGGAAGAGAGGUACUGGUUACUUUGUCAAUUAUAGUAUGAAACAUACUUUAGAUGCUUUGUGAAAUCUAUCACAUUUAGUUAAGUAUAGCAUUUAAAGCUCCAGUUAGCAAACCAAGAAGCUCCACUGACUCACCCCAGGCUCUGUUGCUGCUAGAAGUUUGUAGAUGCUGGACCUGAAUCCUUCAGUGCCUCCACUUGAACCUUGUGGGUGUCCUGUAAUUCCUCCUGGCUUCAGUGUGAUGUGCCUCUGGCUCCUAUGUAUCCUGACAUCUGGGCCAGGUAGCUGGCAGGACUGAGGGUGGCGCUCUGAGUAGCUGAGGUGAUUGAUGCUCACUGAGGUUACUCAGCUGGAAGGCUAAGUUGCUGGUGAUAGAUUCCCGCCUGCUCUGCUGUCUGAGCCCCAAGCUGCCAUCUCUGGGAGUAAAAGGCUUGUCUCAUCUGUCAUGUAGCCUGUGUUUGAGACCUUGGAAGACACUAGAACAAUGACAGGCAAGUAGUGGCAGCAUGAGCAGCAGGCUUAGCUGUAUUACCAGGACUGGCGUGUGAAGUGGAAUGGAAUUGAACUUAUAUAAGCUUGUGGGCAUGCAAGGCAUGAGAGAGGACUCCAGCUCCCUCCCUGUCACUACCAAGUACCCAGCUUCUUCCUCUGGCAGGGGCAGCUGCUGCAACCCUGGCCCACUGCACCAGGCUCACCCAAGUUCCAGCCUGCCUCCCACACCUCAAAGCUAUGGCUUUCCUUUGGAUUCUCUUCCCACCUCCACCUCUCCCGGAGCUGCCCAUCCUCAGCAUCUUGAGCCAUCCCCUCUUACGUCCUAACUGGGUCCAUCAGCUGGGCUGUUCACUUGCAUUAUCUACCUCCCUGUUGUCCCCCAAGUGUCUCUAAACCUUUACAUUAAACCAAACAACCUGGAUUCUGUUGCUGAUAUCCUCCAACUCCCCACUUUUCCCUCAUGCUUCCCCAGUUUGCACACUUGGCUUCCCCCCGCCAUGUGGGAAUAGUCUGGGAAGCUACUGAGUGCCACCUGCUUACAGGUGCCACCCAUUGCAGCUGCCACACGCACACAUCGCCUUAUCCCCCUCAUUUUCCUUCUAGAUAGUCUUCAUUUCUUUCUUCUCCCUGAAGGCCGAUCCUUAAUAUACUCUUUGCCAACAGAUAGUUCUCAAACUGGGUCAACCUUGGGACUCAUGCUGGAAAGACGGCCCUCCCUAAAAUGUGGGUUACCAGGCACUGCCCUGAGGUAUGCCCUGGAGGGGAGCCGAAAGGCCUGUGGUGGCUCCCACAAGGUGAUCUGGAACCACAUUUUGAGAUGCACUCUAUAGAAGCCAUUCCUUUCUGACUUCUCAUCUCCAGUGUCCUAAUGCCCAACCCUAUGGGGUCCUGACUCCUAAAACCUCAGCCUGCAUUCUGUCCUCUCCCACCCAUCCCCAGGAUGUUCCCUGCACCUACAUGGCCCACCAUUGUUUUCCAUAGCCCUCCAAGGCAUUGGUCACUCAGUGCUAGGCCACCCUACAGCUCUCUCCUCUCCCAGACCCCACAGGGCUCCUUCUUGAAAGGCCUGUUUGGGCCACCCUUCUGUGGCUGUGACUAGAGCAUCAAGUUCAGACCCUCUGAGCCUAGUGUCCAUGACUGUCACCCCAUAGCCAUACUUGAUCAUCCACUUUAUGUCCCCUGCCGUGAUGCUCACUCUAGCUAACAGAUCUGGGCUCCUGUUCUUGCUUUAUCUUCUCUGUUAGAAAUGCUCUUCUCUAGAUGACCUCCUUCCUCAGAGGCCCGGCCCCAGGUCCUCUUUGUGUCCACGCCCAGUGCUCUAAACAGAAGCAGCCCUGUGGUACUCUGUGACCCCACAGCACUUGGUAUCUAGCUUCUGGCCCUUACCACUCUGGUGUAGCCGCAGCCGAUUGUGUUCUGUGUCUCGCCUCCCUCUAGACUGUGAGCUCCUCGCGGGCAGGGACCAUCCGUUCACUCUGUAUCUCCUGUGGCACCUAGUACAGUGCCUUGCACUUGGUAGGUGCUUAAUAAAUGUCUGCUCAAGUGAA